AAGAAGAAGAAGAAGAAGAAGAAGAAGAAGAAGAAGAAGAAGAAGAAGAAGAAGAAGAAGAAGAAGAAGAAGAAGAAGAAGAAGAAGAAGAAGAAAAAGAAGAAGAAGAAGAAGAAGAAGAAGAAGAAGAAGAAGAAGAAGAAGAAGAAGAAGAAGAAGAAGAAGAAGAAGAAGAAGAAAGCAAUGAUAAUCGCACAACAAUGUCAACCAUCACUCUAUACCAUUACACGAACGAAAAAGGCGCUGCUGCAAUUAUAAAAUCGGGAUACCUAAAAGCAUCCAAUCUUACAACGGAUGCCACAUUCGGAAAAGGCGUUUACUUCACCAGUAUGUCACCUGUCGAAUCCAAGUUAGCCAUAGCCAGAAACAACUGGGAUGGCAAAGUAAAAAGUCUUGCAAGUAAAAUGGUGAAAGCGGGAAGACUUGAUUAUUACAUUGCUGUUACAUUUAAAGAAAGAGAUCGUAAAUUAAAACAAGCUUCAUGCAAUCGAGAUGUGUAUGUUUACAAAGAAGACCUGAUCCUGGAUCAUUUUAAUUACGUAAUCAAUGAAUUUGAUGAGUUUUUCGAUGCUGAAUCCUUUGUUGAAGCAGUUGGGAUUAUCGCUUUAUACUUGCACACACUUGUUGAAGAUUAAUUAUAAGAACGAUACAGAAACGCUUGUGUUUUGUAAGUUAUGCACUACGUCAUUUGUUAAACAUAGAUAUUUAGUAUUUUAGGAAGUAAAGAAGAAUUGGUCUGGUUAUAAAA